UGAAUGGGAAAAAAAAUUGUUAUUACGAAAAUAAGUCUGUUUGUAAAUUAAUGAAAAAGAAAUUAUUUUCUUGUUACUAACAAGUCAUAAAUAAUUGGGAUCUCAGUCGUGCUGUGGGUUACCGAUUUGGCCCGCAUCAUGGAGAUACAGUUCCAGUGCUUAUUAAUUAUUGUACUAGUGCCUCAGAAAAUGAUGAAGAGCUUCGUGAAUACAACUUGCAGGCACUAGAAAGCUUUUUCCUAAGGUGUCCAAGGGAUAUUUCUUUUUACCGUGUGGAAAUUCUUCAUCUGACUCUAGAAUAUCUAAGUUAUGAUCCAAACUUCACCGACAACAUGGAGGAGGAUACUGAUGAUGAAGGUCAUGAAGAGGAAGAGGAGGAGGAUGAUGAGAGUGACAAUGAAUAUACCGAUGAUGAAGAUGUCAGCUGGAAAGGGUACGCUCGUCUUCUUAAUAUUGCAGAGUGUGACCUCUUAUGUAGAUAACUGAAGAUACCACCUCUGGGAUUAUUUAGCCAGCUAUUUCGAUCAAAAGGACAUGCAAAUUGGAAAGCUACCACAAUCAUUUAGGUAGACAAAUUUGUGAAAUGGUUCAACCAAACAAGGAGUUUCUUCCGAUUCUCCCUAUCUUUGUGAAGGUUUCUUUUCGUUUCUCUGAUACACCAAUGGAGCCGAAGAGAGGGACUUCUUUCGCCAAGAACAGAAGCAAGGUAUCUCAGUUCCCCGUUCUGUGUUUCGUUCUUCUAUGCGUUCUUGCGCCCAUGGUUUUCUUCCUCAGCAAGGGGCUUUACGCUGCGGAUCAAAAUGAUAUUUCAACUGUUCCAAGUAUACAGGUUUCCAAAUGGAGAGAAUGGCAGGCAUUGCAGGACCUUAAAUCACUUUUUUCGAAAGAGGUUCUUGAUGUUAUUGCAUCCGGCACAAAUGAUAUGGGGCCUUUGAGUCUUGACAAUUUUAGAAAAAAUAAUUUGUCCGCUUCGUGGAGAGGUUUUCGAUUAGAGACUUCAAAUGCUACACAUGAGCUAAACUCAACAGCACAUGUUAGACAAGAAAAACCAGAGGUGAAGGAAGGCAGAUCUUCAGAUGGUCGUGCUCAUUGGACUGAAAGUCCUUCACAGCGAUCCCUAAGGCAAUUAAUAGAGAAAAGGCGGGAAAAGCGUGCUGAUGAAUUGGUAAAACUGGAUACUGAAGCAAUUGUAAAACUUGAAAAUGAAGCUAUUGAACGCUCUAGGUCUGUUGAGUCAGCUGUUCUGGGUAAAUAUAGCAUUUGGAGGAAAGACAUUGACAAUGAAAAUGCUGAUUCUACUGUUCGGUUGAUGCGGGACCAGAUCAUUAUGGCUAGGGUAUAUUUGAGUAUUGCGAAAAUGAAGAACAAGCUUGAACUGUACCAAGAACUGCAAUCUCGGCUCAAAGAGAGUCAACGUGCUUUAGGUGAUUCAAUUUAUGAUGCAGAUCUACAUCACAGUGCACAUGAAAAAAUAAAGGCUAUGGGCCAAGUUCUGUCAAAAGCGAGAGAGCAAUUAUAUGACUGCAAGCUGGUCACUGGAAAACUGAGAGCAAUGCUACAGACGGCUGAUGAGCAAGUUAGGAGCUUGAAGAAACAGAGCACAUUCCUGAAUCAGUUGGCUGCCAAGACCAUUCCAAAUGGAAUUCAUUGCUUAUCUUUGCGCCUUACUAUAGAUUACUACCUCCUUCCUCCUGAAAAGAGAAAGUUUCCUAGGAGUGAGAACUUGGAGAAUCCCAGUCUUUAUCAUUAUGCACUGUUUUCAGACAAUGUCUUGGCUGCAUCUGUUGUUGUCAACGCAACUAUUAUGAAUGCAAAGGAUCCUUCGAAGCAUGUUUUUCACCUUGUUUCUGAUAAACUAAAUUUUGGAGCCAUGAACAUGUGGUUUCUUUUGAACCCUCCUGGAAAGGCUACAAUCCAUGUUGAAAAUGUUGAUGAUUUUAAGUGGUUGAAUUCAUCCUACUGCCCAGUCUUGCGGCAGCUUGAAUCCGCAACAAUGAAAGAGUAUUAUUUCAAGGCAGGCCAUCCAACCACUCUUUCUUCUAGUGCUUCCAAUCUGAAGUACAGAAAUCCAAAAUAUCUCUCGAUGCUCAACCAUCUGAGAUUCUAUCUUCCACAAGUUUAUCCAAAAUUGGAUAAAAUUCUUUUCCUCGAUGAUGACAUUGUUGUUCAGAAGGAUUUGACUGGAUUAUGGGCUGUGAAUCUUCAAGGGAAAGUAAAUGGUGCAGUUGAAACAUGCGGUGAGAGCUUUCACCGAUUUGACAAGUAUCUUAACUUUUCAAAUCCGCAUAUUGCAAGAAAUUUUGAUCCAAAUGCUUGCGGUUGGGCUUACGGGAUGAACAUGUUUGAUUUGAAGGAGUGGAAAAAGAAGGAUAUUACUGGCAUAUAUCACAAGUGGCAGAAUAUGAAUGAAGACAGGGUGCUCUGGAAGCUGGGGACAUUACCUCCAGGGCUAAUGACAUUCUAUGGGCUCACACAUCCGCUAAAUAAAUCGUGGCAUGUUCUUGGUUUGGGUUAUAAUCCAAGUGUAGAUCGAUCAGAUAUUGAGAAUGCAGCAGUUGUACAUUACAAUGGAAAUAUGAAGCCAUGGUUAGAGAUUGCCAUGACAAAGUAUCGGUCUUACUGGACCAAAUAUGUGAAGUACAAUCAUCCCUAUCUUCAGAACUGUAAGUUAAAUGAAUAGUCCUGAUAAUUGUUCCUUAGUACAGAGAAGAAUUCUCUCUUUUUUCUCUAGCCUCCCCCACUUUCCCUCACCUUUAUGGCUUGCCUAUUUCAACUACAGUGUCUUGCUAGAAUGAUGAUAAAAUGUCUUAGAAGGGAUAGGAUCGACACUUGUUCUGCAUUUUCCCCAACCUCAUCUCUUUCCACAUUAAUUUUGAUUUCAAUUCAUUUAAUUGUUUACACCGCUCUUACCCAUUUUAAACAAGGUAGAGAAGUAGUAUACCUUGUUUACCAUAAAAAUUCCUCAUUGUACAAUACUCUGAUACUGAGAUAGGACUAGAAAUUGAAUAUCAUAUUUCUGUAUUCUUUGAAAAAUAACUUUCUUGUUCAGUUUUGAGAGCUUAUUGGAUAACUGCAUAUACUGAUGUAUUAUCUUUCCAAAUC